AUGUUUUCAAAAACUGAUGAAAGUGAGGAAAAACACAAGCUGGUCAGGUGUAAAGUAAAUCCGUCUGACUUGGCAUCGAUUUCACCUUUAGUUUUGGGUGGUGCAGUGUUGAACCAACAGUACACCGAUGACCCAGAAUCCAUCCCUUUGGAAGACAUGAUCAAAUACGCCUUCACACACGGCAUAAACGCAAUUGACACUUCCCCUUAUUAUGGGCCUAGUGAGAUCCUUUAUGGCAAAGCACUAAAUAACCUGAAGGAUGACUUCCCCCGGAACACUUACUUCAUAUGCACAAAAGUAGGCCGCAUUGCUGAGAAUGAUUUCGAUUAUUCCAGCGAAUUCGUCAAACUCAGUGUACACAGAUCAUGCAAAAGACUGAACACUACCUUUCUCGAUCUGGUUUACCUGCAUGAUGUGGAAUUUGUCGCGUUUUCACAAAUCUUGGAAGCACUCAAGGAAUUAAGGAUCUUGAAAAAUGAGGGCGUUAUAAAAAAUUUUGGCCUAUCAGGGUACCCAAUCGACUUCGUCACUUGGGUAGCUGAGCAUUGUUCUGCGGAGGACAACGAUAUCGGUUCAUUGGAUGCCGUACUAUCGUACUGUAACCUGAAUUUGCAGAACAACCAAUUACUAAAGUUCCGCGAAAGACUACUACAGGAUGCCAACUUGAAAAUGGUUUGCAACGCAUCUAUCUUGAGCAUGUCACUGCUAAGAUCACAGGAAACAAGGGAGUUCCAUCCCUGUUCGCAAGAACUGAGAGAAUGCGCAUCCAAGGCGGCUAAAUAUUGCCAAGAGCAAAAUAUCGACCUAGCCGACUUGGCGACAAGAUACGCAAUUGCAGAAUGGGUGGGCAAGGGACCCGUUGUUCUUGGAGUCAGCAGCAUGGGCGAAUUAAAGCACGCCUUGGACAACUACGAAAACGUAAAGUCCAAUGGCAACAAAUUGUCUCCCAAAGACCAAAGGCUAGCAAGUUUUAUUCAGAACAAUAUUUUCAAAGAACACUUCAAUGAAGCCUGGCCGUCCGGCAUUCCUCAUCCGGAAAUGAAGAAAGCCUCUUAA